CAGACGCUUCCUUGUGCGGUCCAAUCGCAGCGCUGCGUUUCUGUUUCCGGGAUGUUUGGUGAUGUGGCUCUGGAAUCCUGGAGACGAAAUUGAUCAAAUAAACCACGCAGUUCUUCCCGGCGCCGAUUAAACAGGUCAGCCAUGUUUAGCCGGCUGACCCAAGGGGUGUCCUCGGUUCUACACGAGCUCUCAGGUGAAGAACGCUCUGAUGGAGACUUCCAGGAUGGUAUGGUGCCACAGCCUGCUGCUGCUGCCGCCGAAUUAUCCCAAGAGGACCCGGGACCCUCAGAAGAGGUACUGGAGAGGCUUGCCCAGACUGAGCAGCUGGUGGUUCAGCUAAAGGAGCUGAUUCGAGAGAAAGACAGCCAGCUCGCCAGCACUGAAAAACAGCUCAAGGAGGAGAAAGAGCAGGCAGAAAUCAAGUUUACAAAGCUUAAAAUGCAGGCGAAGGCCAAGAUGGCCUCCUUAAACAAACAGAUCACUGAGCUGAAAGGACAAGACGUGUUAAACAGCAGUCAGAAUUCAGAGAGCUCUUUCCAAAUGGCUCCAGGUGUGGAGGAGGAGCUCCAGCAGCUGAAGGAAAAGCUUAGUCAGGCAGAGUUGGCCAAUAAGAUGCUCCAGCAGCAGCUCUGGGAAGCUGAGCAGCGUGUGAGAGAGGAGGGUCAUGCAGAACAGGUGCGAAUCUUGCAAGCUGUGGUGAAGGAAAAAGAUGUUCGAUUUCAAGAACAAAUCCUCAAACAUGAGCAGGAACUCCUUAGUCUUUCACAAGCCACAAAUGAUGCUGACUUGCAGCAGGCUCUUCGUGCUUCCCAGCGGCGAAUAGAGGAGUUGGAGGAGUCCUUGCGUUCUCGUUCAGAAGUCUUAGAAAUGUUGCAGCAGGAAGUCAACAGUGCAGACCAGCAGAAACAGAUUCUGACUACUCAGUUCAGGCAGAUGGAGCUGGAGUUGGCAGAAGCCCAAAGACUGAGGGAAGAGGAGAAGAGAGCUGAGGAAGAACUGCAGGCUCUUCGAAUCAAACUAGAGAUUUCAGAGAGUGAACGAGACCACACCAUCAGUUCUCUCAAUGCUGAAUUGCUGAAAAAGACCAAAGAGAUGGAUGAAAUGAGAGCAAAAUUUGAAUCUGAAGAAAAGGAGAAAAAAGAAAUGCUGGAGAGAUUAAAAGAACGAGAGACUGGCUUUGAGGCAGAGCUGGCCAACAUGAUAGUAUGUCUAGAAGCCAGAAUGGAGACAUCAGAAAGUGAAAGAGAGCAGACCAUCAAUGUUCUCAACAUCAACAUCACCAGUCUCAAUGCUGAGUUACUAAAAAAGACAGCAGAGUUGGAUGAAAUGAGUGCACAUCUACAAUCUGAGCAAAGAGAGAAGGAAGAAAUACUGGAGAAGUUAAAAGAAAAAGAGACUAACUUUGAAGCAGAACUUGCCAACAUGAAAGCAUCUCUAGAAGCUAGAUUAGAAACGGAAAGUGAAAAUAAACAGACUAUCGGUGAAUUAAGAGUUGAAUUACAAACAAAAAUGGCAGAGCUAGAUGAAAUGAGAAUGAAGCUUGAAUCUGAAGAACGAGAGAAAAAUGAUAUGCUUGAGAAGUUUAAAGAGAGAGAGAUUAGCUUUGAGGCUGAACAGGCUAACAUAAAAGCAUCUCUAGAAGCCAGGUUAGAAACAUCAGAUAGUGAAAAAGAGCAGAUCAUCAGUGCUCUCAAUGCAGAAUUACAAAUAAAGAUCACAGAACUGGAUGAAAUGAGAGCAAAGCUUAAAUUUGAAGAAUGUGAAAAGCAAACAAAAGCAGUCGAGUUGGAUGAAAUGAGAGAAAAACUUGAAUUUGAUGAAAGAGAGAGAGACCAAUUGCUUGAGAAGUUUAAAGAGAGAGAAACUAGCUUUAAUGUAGAGCUAGCUAAUGUAAAAGCGUCUCUAGAAGAUAGAUUAGAAACAUCAGUAAGUGAAAACGAGCAGAACAUCAGUGCUCUCAAUGCAGAAUUACAAAUAAAAAUCACAGAACUGGAUGAAAUGAGAGAAAAACUUAAAUGUGAAGAAUGUGAAAAGCAAACAAAAACAGUCGAGUUUGAUGAAAUGAGAGCAAAACUUGAAUAUAAAGAAAGAGAGAGAGACCAAUUGCUUGAGAAAUUUAAAGAAAAGGAAACCAGUUUUGAGGUAGAGCUAUCCAACCUAAAAUCAUCUCUAGAGGCUAGAUUAGACACAUCAGAAAGUGAAAAAGAGCAGACCAUCAGCGCUCUUAAAGCAGAGGUACAGAAAAAGACCACAGAAUUUGAUGAUUUGAUGGAGAAACUUAAAGCUGAAGAGAAAGAAUGGGCGGAGAGAUUACAUGAGAGACAAACAAGCUUUGAGAGAGAGCUCACCAACCUGCAAGCCUGUCUGGAAGUUGCAGAGAAACAGAAAGAGGAAAUGACAAAGCAGCUUGAGAUGGAAGCAACAAGUCACAUGGAAAAGCUUCAUCAUCUUCAGGAAAACCUUGAUGAGGUGGAAAGAUCAAGAGAAGAAGAAUCUAAGAGUGAAAAAGAUCGCUUUGCACAGGUGCAAAAUGAGCUUGAGUCCUUGAGAGAGAUAUUAGAUGCCAGUAAAGAAGAGCAAAAAGCAGGACUGCAAGCCAAGAAUGCACUGGAAAAACUUUGGAAAGGUAUCCAAUCGUUGACAGCUUCUGGGGAUGCAGAGGUAGAAAUAUCAGUUCCUACUGACCCUGCACAGCUCUUAGAGGUGUUACCUGCUCUACAAACUCGGCUGAGCAAACUUACAGAUGAACAGCAAGAGAGUCAAGCACGCCUGUCCCAGAUCACAAUCACUCUUCAGUCUCUGCAAGGUCAACUGGAUAAAAGCACAGCUGAGAGAGAGGAAGCAGUUGCUAGGAUACAAGAACUGGACCAACAACUUCUGACUGUUCAGGUUUCUGGUGAGUCAUUGGGGGAUCAUGUGACUGACCUGUCUGUGAGGGAUUUGGGCACGACACACCAGGAAAACACUGGAGAUGGACAUUCAUCAGAUAAUCAAUUGAAGACAGAUCGGAUACUGUUUCUGGAGCAGCAGCUUGCAGAAAGAGAAGAAGAACUUUUUGCUCUCAGAGAAAAACUGUCACUCACCACCAGCCAGUCUCUGAAUAGCCCAGAGGAAAGUGUAGUCAGCAUAAGCAGAGACAUUACUGGGUUGGACAACUCUGAUGUUCUUGAGGUUUCACAAGAAGAAGAGACAACACUUGUGGCAGUAGAUGCCUCUGUUCUCUCUGUCUCUGGUGGCAAUGACAGUAGCCCAGAGCUUAUACCACCUCAGCCCGGGUCUCCUGGAGAAUCAAAGGGUACUUCUUCAGAUGAAAUGGUAACAAGUAGUGAUUCAGAGGUGGCACAUAGUAGCUGGACUCUUCUGGAGGCAGUCAACCAAGAUGCGACUCAAGAAUGGCAGUCCCACAUUCAGGACUUUGCCUCUUUGCGCUUAUCCACACAGUCUUGGGAAGAGACCUGUGAAGAGCAGAUUGCACCAAACAGCUGCAUAGUUGAUAUUGAAGCACCAUCUUUAGUUAUUCAUGAAACUGUGCAGGUACAUCUUGCCCAACAGGAGGGAAGUCUAUUAAAUACAGAUCCAAGCACCGGUCAGACUUUUGCUCAGGUCUUGGCUGAAGAGAUUCAGAAAAGGUAUAGUGAAAUUCUGGGUGAGCUUCAACAGUUUAAAGACUCAGCCUUACAAUCACAGGAGAAAGUCUAUCAGCUGGAGGAGGCGUUGGAGUCACUUACUGCUUACAAAAAUGAGGCAGAGGCCAGAGCAAACAUCUACAAGAAAGAGCUGAUUGAAACUAAGGAGUUGGUUGAGCAAGAAAAGUUAAAUGAUAAAAGUGCCGCUGAGCAGUUUCAGAAUUUGAAGGAACAGGUUCAGUUUAAGGAUGAUAAGCUGCAAGUUUUACAAGCAGCUUUUGAUGAAGCACAGCAAAGACUUGAUGAAACCCAGCAAAGACUUGAUGAAGCACAGCAAAGACUUGUUGAGCAGGAAGGUCAAGCCAGAAUGCUGGCUGCUCAGCUGGAAGAAAGAGAGCUCAGUUUCUCUGAAUUGGAACAGAAACUCCUAGACAUAGAGGGAAGAUUAGUGCAAAUCUCUCAUGAGGCGGACACAGCCAAAGCUGCCCUUGUGGACAGGACUGCUGAGUUGGAAUACCUACAAAAGUGUCUUUUACAAAAAGACCAGGAGAUGAUGGAACUCAGUGAUAGCAUGAGUGCCAAACUUCUCCAGGCAGGAGAGGAAAAGUUUGCAAUAUCUAGUGAAGUUAAAAAGCUAAAAGAUCAAAUUAAUGAACUUGAGAGUAUAAAGGAUGACCAGCAGAAAGUCAUAGAUGGUCAAACAUCUGAAAGUGAGCAGUUUGUCGCUUUACUAAAGGAAAAAGAGGACUUGGCGUCUCAAUUGGCUGCCAUGAAAAAAGAUGGAGAACACAUCAAGAGAAAGCUGCAGGCAGCUCUGAUUCAGCGGAAAGAACUGAUGAAAAAAGUUGCAGACUUUGAAAAGGAGGCUGAGAGCAGGGAAGACAAGGAAAAAGAUUCUAAUGAGGAAAUAACUAUUCAGUUAAAAAAUGAAAUUAAGGAAAAAGAGCUAGAAAUACAGAGACUUGAUGCCUUAUUACAAGAAACUAGAGACGUCUUAAAUUUAAAAGAAGAAACUUUAAUAAGUCUGGAACAAAAAAUCAGUAACCAGGAUCAAGCAUUGACUGAGUCACAUGCAGAAAUUCAACGACUGACAGAGCAGUAUGUAGAAAUAAAUGAACAACAAAUGUCACAGGUGGCUGAGGAAAAAAAUAGACUUCUUUCACAGAUAGCGUCCAUGGAAGCUGAUAUAGAAACACUGCGUAAAAAGUUUCAGGAAGCCACUGAUGCUUAUGAGAAUAUUGUUAUGAAUACUCAAGAGAAAGAACGCCACCAUCUUGAGGAAACAAAACAAAUGAAAAAGGAGUGCAGUGACCUUCUCGAACAACUCAAUACUGAGAAAGGAGAGAGAACAGGGUUAUUGAAUCGCAUUAUGGAGCUAGAGGGUCUAUUAGAAUCGAAGAAUACUGCAGACAAAGUGGAAAUUGUGAAUGCUGGACCUGCAAGACAGAAUCUUGAGAAACCAGAGACAAACGAUUGGGGUCAGGAGGAUUGGGUUGAUUUUGCCAUGACUGAGACACCACAAGAGCAAUCUCAACAGCCCAUGGUGAAAAAUUCUGAGGACAUUAUAAAUGCUCUUCAGGAGGAAUUAAAAUUUGAACAGGCUGCUCAUGCAGAUUUAAAAGUACGUCUCCAUGAGAGCCAGUCAUCUCAAUCACUAACAGAUAGCAAAUUCAAAGAGCUUUGUGAAGAACUUGAAGCCAUGAAAGAAAAGGAGAGGCAUAUUGAUGCUCUCACUCAGGAAAUAGAGACUCUGAGGGAGAAAUGUCAGAGAGCUGAAGCUCAUGCUGAGAAGCUGAAAGUAGAUGUGGAUGAAGCUUGGGAAGCAGCUAAAAGAAGCAUCUCGGAUGCAGAGUCUCCAAUUAAAGCUCUUCAGUCGGAAGUAGAAGAAUUUAAACAAUUUCUUAAAUGCAAGAAUGAUGAGAUUGUUGAUUUAAGCCAACAGCUUAGUGAACAAAGUUGUCUUCUUCUUAAGAUGCAAGAAACUGUUCAGGAAAAAGAUCAGCAAAUUGUUUCCCUCCAACAAGGGCUAAAAGCUGAGCAAGAUAAGGUGCAGAAACUAGAAGCGGAACUGCCACAGCGUGAGGAAGAAGAGAAGGAUAAUGGUGUCAAACUCCAACAGUUGCAACGCAAACUGCAGGCUGCUCUUGUGUCACGCAAGGAGGCACUCAAAGAAAAACAGGCACUAAAGGAGGAACAGGCGGCUGCUGAGAAGAUCAAAUUAGAACUUCAUCAGAAGCUGGAAUUAAUAGAGAUGGAGCUAAACAAGUCAAGAGAAGAGAGGGAGAAGUUAAUUGAAGAGGUGGAUCGAACUUUGUUGGAAAACCAAAGCCUGAGUGCCUCAUGUGAAAGCCUGAAACUUGCUAUGGAGGGAGUUUUGAAUGAAAAGGAUGCAUGCAAACGUCAAGCUGACAUUGCCAAGGAGGAAUCCGAACAAGUGUGCAAGCAGCUGGAGGAAAAGGUGCAAAACAUGAAAGAGGAGUAUGAAUCCCUCCUUAAAUCAUAUGAAAAUGUCAGUGAUGAGGCAGAACGAGUAAGAAAAGUACUUGAAGCUGCUCGACAGGAGAGGCAGGAGUUGGCUACCAAGGCACGAGCUCAUGAGGCAGCCAGACAAGAGGCAGAAAGGUUAGCUGAGGAGGCAAUGAAGGAGGUGGAUGUUGUGAAAGAUAAAAUGAGGAAGUUUGCCAAGGUCAAGCAUCAGAAGAUUAUGGAUCUGGAAGAGGAGAAUGAAAGGCUCCGGGAGCAGGAAGAAAAGAAACUGACCAAACAUACGGAAACUGACGUAAAACAAGAGCUUGAGAGAAUCAAACAAGAGUUUGAAAUAUUGAAAGCAAAUUACAAUAUAGCUUUGGAUGAUAAAAAGUCUUUGGAGCUUGAAGCUGAGGAGUUGAGACUGCGUUUGGAGAAAAUUCAAAGUAAAGGUGUUGAAACCUUUGACACAUGCUCUGUGGAAACUAUUAAGGAGGUUAAAGUAAUCACACAGCAGAACAGUCCGAAUUUAAUUGAAAUCCAAGAGUAUCAGUGUGAGAGCAUAUUCCCAGAGGCUAAUCUUACCAAGCCAUUGGAAUCAAUUAAUACUGAACCCGACCAAGAAGUCACAGAAGUGCAAACAAAGAUUGAGAUUGCAACUCAAACAGAAGAGAGACUCAAAGAACUGGAGACCUCACUUGAAACGGCAGAGAAUAAGAUAAAGGAACUUGAAAUUGCCCUUGAACAUCACAUGGAAUUCAGAAACGAGCAAAUUCUUGAUGCAGAGCUUACUUCCAUCAAGCAGCAGCUUCAGGAGUCUUUAGAAAGAGAAGACAUCCAUAAAGAAGAGAUCUCUAAGAAAGAGAAUCAACUACAGGAACUUCGCAUGAACCUUGAGGCUGAAAGGGAUGACCUGGAGGAGAGGCUGAUGAACCAACUGGCUCAACUCAAUGGCAGCAUUGCUGGUUAUCAGCAAGAGGCAUCUGAUAGUCGUGAUCGUCUCACAGACAUGCAGAGGGAGUUGGAGAAAUUGGAGCGAGAGCGUGCUGAGUUGGAGGCUGAGGUGUUAAGUGAGAGGGACCGUGCAGCCAGGAUGGAAGAGGACAUGAGGCAGGCACACCGAGAAAGAGCAGAGGCUGAGGCUGAGACAGGCAAACAGAGGGAGCUGGAACAGAAAUUGAAAUCAGCACAGAGGUUUAAAGAAGGUAGUCAAAACAGAACGCGUCAGCUUGAGGAAUUGCUGAGGGAAAAGCAACUUGAAGUCCGUCAGCUACAGAAAGACUGCAUUGGGUACCAAGAAAGAAUAAGCGAACUGGCUAAAGAAGUUAAGUCAUUGUUACUGGUAAGAGAUGAAGUGAGGGCAGAACUUGAGGCAGCACGCUUGGAAAUUGCAAAUAUUUUGCAAGACAAAGCUUUUAUUGCAUCUGAACUUUCAACAUAUAAAGGGAAGCUGGACAUGGCAUUGGAAGAGGCAAGGCAGGCCCAAGCAGACAAGCUUUCUGCUGAACAAUUUAUACAACGUAAAGAGGCAGAGUUAAAGGCAGACGCUGAGCGUACUCUAGAUGAAGUCAGGUAUCGCCUUGGAGCUGAGCUUAAACAGAUUGAAUUAAGAUUAGAGAAAUCUUACCGUGACCGUGAAAGGGAAGAAGAGGCAACUCUGGAGGCAAGGAAUAUUGCAGAGGCCGCAGACAGGCAUGCCCAGGACAUGCAAGCUCGUCUAGAUGAAGCGCUGGCUCGGUUGGCAGCCUUUUCUCGUUCCAUGUCAUCCCUUCAGGAUGAUCGUGACAGAGUUCUGGAUGAAGCCAAGCAGUGGGAAAAUCGUUUUCAUAGUGAAUUACAAGAAAAAGAGGCUGAUGUUCGAGAAGCAGAGGCUCGUGCUAAAGAACUUUCUGAACAACUCCAGAGGGAGAUGACCCAAAAAGUGGAACUGCAGAAUUUAUUGGAAAGAACGCAAAAGGCUGAAGAAAACCUACAACUAGAGCUGUCUUCAGUAGAAAAGAAGCACAAUGAAAGCCUUGCUGUUCUUGAAAAAGAAAGAGAGGAUUUGCAGCAGAAGCUCACUCUGGUAGAGGCUAACCUUUCCCAAGCUCUUUCCCAGCUUGCUAGCCUAGAGACUGAGGCAGAAGGUCUACGCCACCGCACAAAAGCUCUAGAUGAAGCAGUGGACCAGCUUCAAAGUGAUGCUGUUGAGGCUCGUGCAGUGAUUAAAGAGAGGGAGACAGAGGAAAGGAGAUUGUGCUUGAUGGUGGAGCAACUGGAGACGGACCUAGGAUCUUUAAAGAACCUUACUGAAACACUUCAGGUAGCAUUGGGUGAAAAAGAGAAGCGGGAGGUGGAGCUCCUUGGUGAGAAGGAGCAAGCUGUGACACAGGCUGUAGAGGAGGCUAGGAAAGAUGCAGAUGGAAGGGCAGAGAUGGCAGAGAAUGAGCUGGAGAAGAGGAGAGAGGAGUUGCGUGGAUUAGAAGAGAGACUUCGUAAGGCUGAGGAGGUCACCUUUCAAAGCAGAGCUCAACUGGAGUCCUUUACCAAGGCUAUGGGCUCUCUGCAGGAUGACAGAGACAGGGUGCUUAGCCAAUACAAGCAGCUUGAGGAAAAGCACCUCCAGGUUAUGAUGGAGAAGGAUAGCCUAAUUCAGGAGGCUGCAGGUGAAAACAACAGGUUAAAGGAGGAGCUUCGAGCCCUGUUGUCACAGCGGGAUGACCUCAAUGCGGAGAAUGCCAAGUUGGCUGCCCAGCUUCAUGGCUACAGAAAUGACCUGAACCAGGUUCUUACUAUGAAGGACUCCCAGCACAAACAGAUUCUAGCUGCCCAGGUAGAGCGCAUCAGUUUCCUAGAGAGAGAAAGGGAAGAUCUUGUGAACCACAUUCAAGCUUUCGAAAAAGACAUUGCACAAGGCAGGGCACCACUGUUGGAGCAGGAAUACUUGAGCCAGGCUAGCGAAGGAAGCGUUGAUAAGCAAGAUGCACCAGGGGCAGAAGUGGAGAAACUGAGGGAGCAGCUCCAAGCUGCUAGAAAGCGAAUUACAAAUUUAGAGGAAAUAUUGGAAUUGGAAAAGGAGACCCAGGCAGUCCACAGCAAAGAAUUAAAAGAGCUGCGAUGGGAAGGUGGUGUUUUGCGAACUGAAGCUGAAACAGCUGAGGAGAGGGUGGCAGAGUUGGCACGAGACCUAUUGAUGAUGGAGCAACAGCUUCUGGAGGAGAGAGAAGCAGUCUCUCAGCUUCGAGUUCAGAACCAGUCUUUUGGUCAAGCUAUGGCCUCUCUGCAGGAUGCAAGAGAUCAGGCUGUCAAUGAAGCUAAGGAACUGCGCCUCAGGUUUGAUGACAUAAAUCGGACAGGUCAUGCCGUUUCUUCCCCAAGUGACCCAAAAGGAGAAGUGUGGAGCCUAAAAAAUGCCCUAUCAGCAUUGCAAAAUGACAGGGAAAGAAUGCUGGAACAGAUGCAAGUGCAACGGUCUGAAUUGGAUCGACUUACUCAGGCUCUGGAAGCAGAAAGAAGAAGAGCAGUGGAGCAAGAAGAAAUGGGACAACUGAGCAGCAGAGAUGUUCUCAUGGACAGUGAUAAACAAGAACUGGAAAUGCUUAGUAGGCUUGAGAGGAUGGACUGGCAGGGCCAGGCCGAGAUCUUGAAGCAGCAGACCCUGACCACCCUCUCAGCCAGGGACCAACAGAUUCGCCAGCUUACUGCCAUGCUGGAGGAAGCACAGGCAUCAAAAUUACAGCAGGAGCACACACAAAGACAGGGAAGACUUGCAUUAGAUGCUGCCCCCGGUGGCCCUCUAGAGCACAACGAAGGAUACAAAGCAGAGUGCAUUGAGCUCCAGAGAAGGCUGGAUGAGGAGUCAGAACUGAGACUCAGAAUAGAGGAGCAGCUCAUCGCCGCAGAGGAUCGCCUCAAACGCCAUACACAGGGGGAGUGGCAGACACCAUCUAUGAUGUCAGAGACAGCUGUUCUUAUUGAGCCACAAGAGGGCGCUGUUACACGGACUCGUAGUGGUGGACCUGGGCUGCUGCGGAUGUUGAGGGUUGCCUUCUGUUCUCGCCAGCGCACCCCUCUGCUGGUGUCCCUGUAUCUUCUGACUGUCCAUGUGCUGCUGCUGCUGUGCUUUGGAGGAUAUCUGUGAGAGAGACUCAUCAUGCUUUACUGAGACAGAGAGAGACGGUUACAUACAAACUCACUUGUUAAAACAAAUGAACACAUCAUAUAACAGGGUUAAUUAAUUUAACAUAUUUCCUUGCUUAUUUACCAAAGUUACAUUUGAUCUGUUUUUUUUUUUUCUUUUUUUUAUCAGAGAGCUCUGACAAAAAA